AUGGAAGAGACCGGUAAUAUGAACCCCGAGCUGGGCCCAGAUCCGGUUGACAAUUCCGACGAUACCGUCCAAAGGCAAGACGAGGUUGCUGGCAAAGACGAAAAGCAAGCGGCGGGGCCGGCACUUCUUGACCAGAAUGCUAUCGCAGCAGACAGUAUGGAGGGCGAAGGAUACCGUAACAGUGCAGCGGCUUCUACUCUUGACUCACCUACACUGGCGGACGGAACACGCUCGAGAACUGAGGGAACUUUCGAGGAGGAGCAGGAGAACAUAAAUGAAAAAAAUGGACCCCUUCUAACACAUCAGGAGGACGUUCCAAGCAAGAAGCCGACAGAGAACCCAGCGACGACCAUGCUGCCAGACGCUGACAGUCCUGCAGCUAAAGACGUUCAGGCCAGCCCCCAGAACUUCAUUUGGGGAGCUCCAGACGUAUUGUCUUCUGGGAAAUAUCAUUCGCAAGUUCAUAUGGACUUCAUAAACUCUCCGGCGAUGGCAGCGUUCUCCACUUUCGAAAGCCUGUCUCCGCUGUACUCUCCGAUUGAAGGAUUCGGAAUGAUGUCACCGAGCAUGAUGCGCGACGUGAGUGGCACGUAUCUGCCACCUGUGCUUCCAUCACGUAGCCCGUACACGGGCUCUCCGUAUCCAGGAGUAUUUCCAGGAGGCAUGAGUAUUGAUCCUGCGGCAGGCUUCGCCAAUACUAAUGUCGGAUCGCUCUACAGCCCCAACUUUGCCGCUGCAGCUGGACCCAUUCCGAUGGCAGGCAACGCAGACCGUACGCCGUCGGUGUCUAUGGUGGACAACACUCCACUUGGGGGAGUCUAUUCGCCGACUCUUCGAACUGCCGCGUCAGCCGGGAGUCUCGAUGGCAUGGGCCUGUCCUACACAGGCGCAAUUGCAGGUGUUUUUCCAGACGACGGCGGCCCCCAUCCGCUGAACGGAAACGUGGGCAACUCAGGUGACUUAUCGUCGCCGAGUAUGGCACGCGGAGUGCCGAGUAUGCAGUUUGGUGGACCAGCAGGGAUUGGUGUUUCUUUGCCAAACAGUUUUUUCCCAACUACAGACUACCAGCACACCGUGACAAACGGCAGCCCGGGAGCAGGGAUUGUGAACGGCGGAUUCUCUGUUACCCCUGGAGAAGGUACCCUCUCACCAAAACGUUUCCCUUCUCCUGCAUUCUCUCCCUUCUCCUUAGGACCCAGUACUGAAUUUCACGGCUCCCAAUCGAGAGGGAAUUCCGGUAUGGUGCGGGAGACAUAUCAGGAAAUCAACAAUUCUAUGCAGGCGGCAGGAGCCUGGAGCGCGUGGAGCCCUUCCCGCGCCCGAGAUCCAUUCAACGACUAA